AUGGGCAAGGAGGAAGGUGCUUCUGCUCGAAAAACACAAACUCCAGCAGCACAGCCUGUACCACGACCAGUUUCUCAAGCAAGACCACCUCCAAACCAGAAAAAAGGAUCUCGAACUCCCAUAAUCAUUAUUCCAGCAGCCACAACCUCUUUAAUAACGAUGCUUAAUGCAAAGGACCUUCUGCAAGAUCUGAAGUUUGUACCAUCAGAUGAAAAGAAGAAACAAGGCUGCCAACGAGAAAAUGAAACUCUUAUACAGAGAAGGAAGGACCAGAUGCAGCCGGGGGGAACUACAGUCAGCGUUACUGUACCUUAUCGAGUAGUAGACCAACCUCUGAAACUUAUGCCACAAGACUGGGAUCGUGUGGUGGCAGUGUUUGUACAGGGUCCUGCUUGGCAGUUCAAAGGCUGGCCUUGGCUCUUGCCUGACGGAUCACCUGUUGAUAUCUUUGCAAAAAUUAAAGCUUUUCAUCUCAAAUAUGAUGAAGUACGUCUGGAUCCAAAUGUACAGAAAUGGGAUGUAACAGUGUUAGAAUUAAGCUACCACAAAAGACACUUGGACAGGCCAGUAUUUCUACGCUUCUGGGAAACUUUGGACAGGUAUAUGGUAAAGCACAAAUCUCACUUGAGAUUCUGAAUCUUUCAGCUGCCAUUUAUUUCCUGAAGUAUGGAUUGAGAAAACUGAAAGGGGCUCCAGUUCGGAGACCAGAGCUCGCACUAUAUAUGUCAUGUCAAGAACUUUACAAAUGAAGAAGGGUCACAGUUUAAACUUUUUAUAAGAAUCUUGUUUGGAUGCUUCAUGCUAUGGCAGGUUGAUACCUGUUGUUAUUCAGAAGCAAAGGGGUUUUGCUCAAAACUAUUUUUUUAAUGUUGUUAGCCUUCUAGUCUGCAAUCCAAAUUGUAUAUUUUGAUAGCAGCAGUUUCUUCUCUGUUUUGUUAAAUUAGCCACAUUUUUAAAUAAUGUGUUUUGUUCCUUAUUAGAAAAUAGAUUGAUCUUCACUGCAGGUUACAAAUGUGUGUGUGUGCGCGCGUGUGCGCACGUGUGUGUGUAUAUAUGUGUGUGUGUGUCUAUAUAUAUAAUGUAUAAAAAAAAAAAAUUAUAGACACACUAACACACACAUAGAUGUUACCAGGCUUUCUAAACCACUUAGCUUCUGAGCUUACUUUUGGUUUUCUUUGCUUAUUGUUUCACUUACUGAAAAUAUUUUGUUGUGAAUGAUAUUACAUUUUACUCAAUAGACUUGCAAACUGAGCAAAGUGAAAAUUGUUUUGGAUAAAUCAAAAUGUCAACCUGUAUAUGUAUAUUCUGUCAGUCUUUGUUGAAAAAGGGAAGAUGAAAAAUCUAGAAACACUUUUUUGGAUUUGUAAUGUCCCAGUUUACUAAAUCUUUAAACUUUAUUAUAGGAACACCUUCAAGUCAUAUUAACUUUAAAUUGCCAUUCUCCACACAGGUCUCUUUAUUUAAAUUGAAAGUGUGCAUGUGUACAUUCCCAUCUAUCAAAAUACCUUUACAUAUGAGUCUAAAUGUUACCUAGAUUAAACAAUGAAUAGAGAUGGAGAGAGUUUGGAUUUUUUUUCCUGAAACAGCCACCACAAGGAAUGAGUAAUUUUAACUACUUUGCAUUUAUACCUCUAAUACCACCUCUAAUGUUAUUUUCUUGUGACAAAAGUAGCCCAGACUAUGUCUACAGGAGUUGUAAUUUUCUGAGAUGAGUGGCCAAUAUGGCCUCCUAAUAGUCCUGCAUUGGAAUGGAAAAUGAGCUUACUCCAGUUACCAAAGAACAGAUUUGCUUGAUCCACAGUAUGAGUAUAACUGAGGCCAGAAGACCCUGGUAUCUGUGUGAAUUUAUGGUAUCUCUGUAUCUAUUUAAUAACAGUAAGUUGAUAUUGCGUACCAGUGGAUGUAGAGAAUGAUCAAAUACUGUAACACCUGCAUGAAUUUUUUUCUGGGAUAGAAAACACAUGUUUAUAUUCCUGUUCUUGAAAUUCCAAACCAUGUUUUUUAAUAUACCUUACAUUUAAGGUUUGACAAAAGUAAAAUGUUCUACCUAUUCUUCUUUAGUUUUGCUUUUUAUUUGAUGUUACCUUCAUUUUUAAUAAAAUCAGAAGGCACAUCUCCUUAAGAGGUUUUUAAAACUGUCUUAAAUUUGAGGACUGUGAGGUCUGACUUGUAAUUAUGUUUCUAUCCCUGCUAUGUCGAGAUGACUAUUUUUAAAUGGUCUUAAUGGAAACGUGAAAAAAAAAAGC